CCUUACCUUUGGCAGAUUUGCUUUGACUUGAUACUUUUUUUGGGAAAUUAUUUAGAAAAACCCGUUAGAAAAUGAAACGAUAAUCAGUUUUACUAUUAUUUGUGAUAAAAAGAUAACUUAAAUAUGUGAUGAAAAGUUAGGAUAGGUGUAAGUCGGACUAGUAAGUUAGUUUUAGUUAUUUUGCCGCCUUCUGGGCCAAUGUUUUGAUUAGACCAAAUGCUACAAAAAUAAAAUAACCAAAAAAGUGUAUUGAUGAUAAGCCUACCAGGAAAUGUCUGAAACGAGGGAGUUGCAGGAAAUGCUCUUGAGUUUUCGUGUUUCUGAAUUGCAAAUGCUUUUGGGUUUUGCGGGCAGAAAUAAGUCAGGCCGCAAGUCAGAAUUACAAGCGAGAGCGUCUGAGUUACUCACAGUAAGAUCUCAUCCAAUUCAUCAGAAAAUUCGAGAAUUGUUUAAAACUAUCCAAACCAAUUUUUCCAGGGCAGCAGCUGUACAACAGGGAGCAAACGGUGAACAACAAACUGCCACAGCUCAAGCUACAAUCAUGCCUCAAACUAGAAGCACAGCCUCAGUUCAUCCUUACCAGGUUGAUUCCAGAGGAAUGCUUACACGACAAUCUGCAAACAUGUAUGGAACUUCGCAGAGUAUAGGGCAAAACUACAAUUAUCCUCCACAGUACCCUGCAGCACCAAGGCAACAACCCACCGUGUUAUCUACAAAUUUCCCUAUUCAUCCAGACGUAAAAUUUAAGAGGUUGCCGUUUUACGACAUCAUGUCCGACUUAAUAAAACCUUCAACUCUUGUACCUCAAACUAACCAAAGGAUGCAAGAACAAGCAUUUUAUUUCCACUUGACUCCACAACAAGCUACUGAUAUUGCUUGUUCACGAGAUAUAAGGCCUGGUGUAAAAAACGAUUACAUUAAGCAGGUGCAACUCAGGUUUUGUUUGUUGGAGACAACUUGUGAACAAGAAGACUGUUUUCCGCCUCAAGUUAUUGUAAAAGUCAAUAACAAAUUGUGUCCCUUACCUAAUCCUAUUCCCACAAACAAGCCGGGAGUAGAGCCGAAAAGACCGCCUAGGCCAGUCAACAUCACCCAGUUGGUGAAACUUAGUCCUACUGUAGCUAAUCAGGUCACUGUCUCAUGGGCUGUUGAGUAUGGGCGUGGUUAUGCGAUGACGGUGACAUUAGUUCAUAAGUUAACGUCAUCAGAUUUGCUUCAAAGGCUGCAUAAAAAGGGAGCUAAGCAUGCUGAUCAUACAAGAGCAUUAAUCAAAGAAAAACUGAACGACGACGACUGCGAAAUAGCCACUACCAGUCUAAGGGUUUCCCUAAUGUGUCCCUUAGGAAAAAUGCGCAUGACGACGCCCUGUCGUCCAGCAACCUGUGGACAUCUUCAAUGUUUUGACGCAUCCCUAUUCUUGCAAAUGAAUGAACGAAAACCUACUUGGAACUGUCCUGUGUGUGAUAAACCUGCUAUUUAUGAUAACUUGGUGAUCGAUGGGUACUUCCAAGAAGUGUUGAGCUCAAUGCAACUGCCCACUAGUUGUAAUGAGGUUCAAUUGCAUAAAGAUGGCAGUUGGAGUGUUCAAACAAAUGAGAAAAAGGUUGCCAAGAUUGAAAAAGCGGCUCCUACUACUAUAUCCAUUGAUGAUUCGAUUCAAAUUAUUGACGAUAAUGUUGAAUUUGUCAGCGCUGUUACCACAUCAGUCUCUACCACAGAUAGUUCAACCAAAGCUCCAGGAGAGCCUGUCAGGAAAAGGGAUGUAGUGGAUCUUACUUUGUCGGAUUCGGAUGACGACCAGCCAUUGGCCAAAAGAUGCCCCCCUCCAAAGCCUGAUUCUACCAAUAAGACUGAAUCGAGCAACAUUACCUCCACCACACCGGCUACACAGCGCACUACUACCACUCCAGGACCUGCUUCGGUAUCCAGCUCGGGGUAUCCGGUAAGUCCGGCCGUCAUAAAUCUGGAUAGUCCGUCCCCGCCACGCUCGCCGCAAGUGACCACUCAGCCGCCAUCUUGUAUGCUGGCACAAAGCCAACAAGAUAGUGAUGCGCAGGCACAACCCACCCCUAUGCCUUACAUCGACAUUGGUAAUGAGGCGAGUGCGAAUUUAAAUUUUAUGCAAGGAUAUUAAUCCGGGAAGCGAGUGAAUAUUCUGUUCGUUUUUUUUUGGAACGGCUAUAUUACGUUUGCGGAAGACAAAGGAAUCUCGAUUGUAUUGUAACAAGUUACUUGUGUUGCCAUCAUAGCUAAUUACGAUUAAAAAUUUAUGUACAAGGUGGGAAAGAAAGUGAGGUUCCAUAUAGCUUUUCCGCUAGAGGGCACAAUUAAUAAUAAAAUUUGUAAGGUCUCACAAAACUCGUAUAUUACGAGUACAUAUAAAGUCUAAAUACUUUUGAGGAUUAAGGUUCAUUGGCAUAUUUAGUUAUGAUAGGAGUAGUGGAAGUGAAAUUGCUGUAAAUUCAAAACCACUCAUUUAAAUUUAGUCCAAAAAAGGAACAUUUAAUUUUAAACCGAAGACUUGUUUAGAAGAGAAAUACAUAAAUUUUAAAUUGUACUUCUCUUUGUUCCAUAAUAGCUCUUAAUAAAUGUGCUAGAGAACUAUUUGUAAUAACUAUGUAAAUCACUUGGUAUAUUUUUGAUAUCGCACUCGAAAUGUACACUAAAUAUGAAAGAAAAGCAUAAAAACCCGAAGUCAAUACGUUAGAUAGCUAAAUAUAGAUUUUAUAAUAUUUUAAUUGCCAAAGGUUAGUUUUGCUGAGCCGAAUUGGAUUAAUUAAUCUUGGUCUUAUAUUAAUGGGGUAGUUAUUUUAAGCGAACUAAGUACAAACAAGAAUAACUUUUGCUUAUUAAAUCUACUUUUCGAGUGCAGUUUCAGAAAUAUACCGUGCAAUUUUAAUUUUCGGGGAAAAAUUUAAAUAAAUUAGGGAAAAUAACAAUGGAGAAAAUAAAAACGAUUACAAAUUGUGGCGGAAUUUGAAAACAGCUACAUUUGUCUUUCAAAAAAGCAUAGGUUUAGUAAAAAACAAUAAGUAGUUCAGAACAGUCUAAAGGGUGUUUGAGAAAAACACCCUUUAGACUGCGCAUUCUUAAAGGGGUGAAUCCUUAAAUGACUUUAAUAAGAAAAGUUAAAAUAAUCCUAAACCGGUCUUACUUUUGAACUACAGGGUGUUAUAGCUGAGAUGAGCUACAGAGAAACUCUUUUUAUUAUAACUUUGAAUCGAUGUUACCAGCAUCGCAACAAAACAAUAAAUUACUAAUUUGAUCGGCUAAAUAUAUCGCAGCGCAAGUAGACGAAACUACGGACAACAAAAUACUGAUCAAUGAAGGUGUUUGGAGUAAAUAUAAAUUCUUAGGUCCUUCGCCUACAUCCAUCCUGGAAAAAAUCUGUGGGAAAUUUUAUUUCAAGUCAAGAUCAUAUAUGAAUGUAAAACUUAUGAUUUGUUUUAGAUUGUUUCAUUUACACUACUAUUCUAAAGUAUUUAAAUCCUUUUGGAGUAUCUUAGUCUUGAAUUGAAAUUAUCCUCUAAUUGGCUAGAGAUCAUCGGCGAAGAUUUUAAUUUAAAACAAAUGCCAAUAUAGACAAAUAAUUACCAAAAUAAGCCUUCCAAGGUGAGAUUUUUAAAAGAUUAUCUGAGAUAUACUAUUAUCUAACUUUUUAGUAAUAUUGGUGUUCCUCGAGAUAUAUGGGCUCAUCAGAUUGCUCAACAAGAGAAUUUACUUUAGAGUCUGUUUCAACUUUUUCAAUUUUUUUGUCUGGUAUAUCUUAAUAUUAAAUACACACAUACCCAUCAGGUGCACAUAAUAAAAAAAAUAUAUAUAUUUUGCUCUUUUUUAUAUAUACUACCUUAAAAUUAAGCCUUCCUCGAUAAAAUAAAAGUGAUUCAUCCAGACUCAAAUAUUCCUUGUGUUCCUUAUCAGUGUGUCUUAGCAUACAUUUUCAGCUUAUGCUAUUUGAGGUUAGAGCCAGAAAAAUAUCGAAUUCCCUGUAAUCAAUUCCUAUCAAUAGCUGCCUAACAUCCAUAGUUCAAAGCCUUUCAACUAUCUAAAGUGCGCUCAUGUCUUCCGUUAUAUUGCUUCAUAUUUUUGCUAUAUUAUGAUCAAAAAUAAAGUCAGAAAAAUUUUGAACAAACUUAUUCCAUUGAUCUAAAGAAAGUAUUUAGGUUUUUUCUUGAAUUGCACUGUCAGAGCUGCUGCUAAUAUCGCUGACUCUUGGAUUGAUAAUUAGGAUCAAUUAAAUUAAACUGAGUAUACUUCAAAUGGAUUCAAGUAUCAAAAUGUCUUUUUACUAAAUUCUUUUUACAAAUUGGCAAAAAACAGGUGAUAGCCCUUGGACACUAGGUCGUAGUCUGUGUUAUAAUAAAUCCGUUAAUGCCAUCCGUGCGCGCGCCAUCGCAUUUUUGCCAUAUUUUACCGAUUUUCAUCAACAAUAAAUUAUACCUGUUAUGGUAUGUACAUUUUAUGUGACUGGUAUGAGUGUAAGUAUGCUAUGACGAAAAUUAUUUAAAUUAAAUCACUUCACCAUAAUUGUUUGCUUCAAACUGAAGUGAUAUGAAUGUAGUUAUGUAAUAAUAAAAACUGGUCAAUGUCAUUGCUGACCUUGUUGUUGUGAGGUUGAUUAUGACAUAUCUGUCUCGUCGAAUUGCAAUGAAUUUGGGAAAAAAAAUGUACAUUCUUUAUGCCCACUGUUUCUUUAAAAAAAUGAAUGGUUUAUUGGUUUGGAAAUAAAACAAAUAGUCAUAAUUAUUGCUGUGGUGGCAACAGAAUUUAUUUAAGGGAUGUUUCUCAAACAAAUUAUUUGUCUGUACAUACAAGAAGUAAAGUUUUAUUAUUUAUUUAUACCAAAGUGGUUUUUUUGUAAAUAAAAUACAAGCUAUUGUUAAGUUACUUAAGUUUAAGAUUCUAGUAUUCAUUCCGUAUGGGAUAAAACAGUUACUAUAUAUUUAGGAAAUUUGUAAAAUAAUGUGUAUUUAGGUUUAGGAUAGCGUUUUUUUACGUGUAAAUUAGGUUCACAGAAUUAUUGUUUUAGUUGUAAAUUAUAAAGGAAUUAAGUCUACAGGGUCAGAAAAUAACAGCUGAAAAAUUGAUGCUAAAUAGAAAAUAAAAUAUGCGCCAAACUAAACACAUACAAAGCAUAUCAAAUGUUAUAAAAUUGUUCUCUAUUCUUAUUGGGCUGAUCUUCUAAUAACUGACCCUGCAGAAAAUUCUGUAUUUUCUCUAUGUAAUAUAUAUUUUUUGGGCCUAAAA